AGAGUAAGUAUGAAUUAGUGUGUUUGUGUUAUACAUGUUGUAGUACCUACUAAUAAAUCCUGAACUGAUCAAGUAGAAACCGAAAUCCAACUAGUAGUGUUGCAGCAAUAAAGUACACAACAAGUGCCACUACCUCUCCCCAAGUAGAAUGGAAUCUUCUCCAACUAGUAUUUUUACAACUAUCUACUUACGCACGAAGGAGUUGUUUAAUCAUGUGCUCUACAACUAGCAGACAGCCAGAAUGUCUUGGUUCUUAGAACGCAAUAAAGCUGUAAAUGCAUAACGAAUGUCAGGAUUAUCUGCGUUGAAAGAGUAUAAAUUUGAUACCUCCACAGUUUACGCCUAUGUGAAUAAAUAAGAAAAAGAGGAGUAGGUGUAGGUACAACAAGCUAGUCCGAAAUUCUAACUUCUACACACGACAAAGACAAUCAAGAUGAUUCCUCCUCACAUGCGCGUGCUAUCGCGGUUCUUUCACUGCGCCUUUCUUGUUGGCCUUGCUACCACCUCCAGCGCGUAUUUUUUCGUCUCUGGCGUACACCAGACGACGGACCAGGCUCAACAGCGUGUGCGUAUGCUUCGACACGAGGGAGAAAAAAAUAAGGUGCGCAACGCGCAGGUACAAGAUGAACAAAAUCUCCUUGGUCAGGAGCAGAAUGAUCAUAAGUCAGUAGGAGAUACGUCUGCGACACCGACACCAAACAAUCAGCAGAAGGUACUUGGCACAGCACCAGGAGAACAAAAAUCUGCACCCACAUCCUCACCAGCUGCAUCAGCAUCCUCAGAAAAUAGAGUUCAAGUUAUUCCAACAGAUGAAAAUGCCCCUUCCUCGUCCGCCUUAGAGGUGGUCCACAAAGUAGAACAAGAACAAGGCCUAGCAACAAAGAUUAUGGCUUACAGUAUAAUUCAUCUGCAGAAGCAUCUGUGGCGCCUCUUUUAAGGGGAAAGCACUCCAAAGAUGCCCUUCAAGAUGAAUAGAAGUAAGCUCUAAUAAGAAAAAACAGAAACCUUGCAAGCGGUUGGAUGCGAAUGGUGCUGAAACAGACGAGCACUUGAUCCACUGGUGCUUUGGGGAAGUGAGGACACAGUACUCUUCCUUUCUAUCUAGUUCUGGUCCACUAGGGGAUUCGUGUGGUACGCCCAAACUAGAAAUUUGAUUUGGAUUUAGUCAUGGUGAUGGUACACUGACUAAUAGGAAAUUCGUCCACAGUGCUGAUGUACUCUUCUUUAGUUUUGGUUGUGGUUGUGGUACACAAAUAGGAGUAAAUUCAACAGUGUAGGUGUACUCUUCUGUAGUAUCAUCACAUCUAGUGCUGGUAGCAGUACACUAGAAAAUUGUUCAACUAGCUACGACAUCAAGAAACAGUUUGAAUUUGAAUUUUCCACUUUCGUCGUCUCUGUUCUCGUCGUCAACCCCGUAUCCUGUUUCCGUCUUCACUUCAAACAACAUGAUCUUUCCAUACUUCCUGUCAGUUACUGGUACUUCUAAGAAUGUGUGUGAAUAUCUGAAAAAUCCUUCCAUACUCGUAAUGAUACCACCAUUUUUGAAUGCCAUUUUUGAUUUUGACUGCUAUAAUCUAUCUGCAAGCCACCAACUCUUAGCCACUCACACAUACCAGGUCCACAACGUACGGGGACAGUUGCCUCAUUAAAGAUUGGAUUGUUUAUACGAGCUUAUUUCUGUGGAUUCCGCUGUCGUUGGGCUCGAUGGCCGCACUACCUUUCACCAUCAAGAAAGCGACAACGGGGAAGUGGAUGUAG